AUGGACGGGAGCGGCGGCCGCGUCCGCCUCAAGGCGCACUACGGCGGGGACAUCCUGGUCAGCAGCCUGGACGCUGCCACCACCUUCGAGGAGCUGUGUGCCGACAUGAGGGACAUGUGCAGCCUGCCCCCGGGCCAGCCGCUCACCCUCAAGUGGGUGGACAGCGAAGGUGACCCCUGCACGGUGUCCUCCCAGAUGGAGCUGGAGGAGGCCUUCCGCCUGUCCUGCCAGCGCCGGAGCGACGGGCUCAUCGUUCACGUGUUUCCGAGCGCUCCCGAGCAGCCCGGCAUGCCGUGCCCCGGAGAAGACAAAUCCAUCUACCGCCGCGGAGCCCGAAGAUGGAGGAAGCUGUACCGCGCCAACGGCCACCUCUUCCAGGCCAAGCGCUUUAACAGGAGAGCGUACUGCGGCCAGUGCAGCGAGAGGAUAUGGGGCCUCGCCUGGCAGGGCUACCGCUGCGUCAACUGCAAACUGCUGGUCCAUAAGCGCUGCCACGUGCUCGUCCCGCUGACCUGCCAAAGGCAUAUGGAUCCCGUCAUGCCGUCCCAGGAGCCUCCGGUGGGUGACAAGGACGACGACGCGGACCUCGCUCCCGAGGAGACCGAUGGCAUUCCUUACCUCUCCUCCCGGAAGCGGGACAGCAUCAAAGAUGACUCUGAGGACCUCAAGCCGGUCAUCGAUGGGAUGGACGGCAUCAAGAUCUCUCAGGGGCUGGGCCUGCAGGACUUCGACCUCAUCAGGGUCAUCGGGCGCGGGAGCUACGCCAAGGUCCUCCUGGUGCGGCUCAAGAAGAACGACCAGAUCUACGCCAUGAAGGUGGUGAAGAAGGAGCUGGUGCAUGACGACGAGGACAUCGACUGGGUGCAGACGGAGAAGCACGUGUUCGAGCAGGCGUCCAGCAGCCCCUUCCUGGUCGGCCUGCACUCCUGCUUCCAGACCGCCAGCAGGCUGUUCCUGGUCAUCGAGUACGUCAACGGCGGGGACCUCAUGUUCCACAUGCAGAGGCAGCGCAAGCUCCCGGAGGAGCACGCCAGGUUCUACGCCGCGGAGAUCUGCAUCGCCCUCAACUUUCUGCACGAGCGGGGCAUCAUCUACCGGGACCUGAAGCUGGACAACGUCCUGCUGGACGCCGACGGCCACAUCAAGCUGACGGACUACGGCAUGUGCAAGGAAGGCCUGGGCCCCGGUGACACCACAAGCACGUUCUGCGGGACCCCCAACUACAUCGCCCCCGAGAUCUUGCGCGGAGAGGAGUACGGGUUCAGCGUGGACUGGUGGGCGCUGGGUGUCCUGAUGUUUGAGAUGAUGGCCGGGCGCUCUCCCUUUGACAUCAUCACCGACAACCCCGACAUGAACACCGAGGACUACCUGUUCCAGGUGAUCCUGGAGAAACCCAUCCGCAUCCCCCGGUUCCUGUCCGUCAAGGCCUCCCACGUCCUGAAGGGCUUCCUGAACAAGGACCCCAAAGAGAGGCUCGGCUGCCGGCCACAGACUGGAUUUUCCGACAUCAAGUCUCACGCCUUCUUCCGCAGCAUAGACUGGGACCUGCUGGAGAAGAAGCAGGCGCUGCCGCCCUUCCAGCCGCAGAUCACAGACGACUACGGCCUGGACAACUUCGACACGCAGUUCACCAGCGAGCCCGUGCAGCUGACCCCCGACGACGAGGACGUCAUAAAGCGGAUCGACCAGUCCGAGUUCGAGGGGUUCGAGUACAUCAACCCGCUGCUGCUCUCCACCGAGGAGUCCGUGUGA